AAGCGAUUUUCAUCCCCUGACACGGUCUCUGACCCCUUCCAGAACGCCGGCGAACCGAAUGAAGGUCCGGCUCGGGGAAUGGAACGUCCGAGAACAGAGCGAACGACUCCCCCACGAAGACUACGAAGUGGAGAAGAAAAUCGUGCACCCGGACUACAACCCCGCAGACUUCCGAAACGACGUGGCCCUGAUCCGACUGAGCCGAGACGUCCAGUUCAAGGAGCACAUCAUCCCCGUCUGCCUGCCAGAGCACAACGAGGACUUCAUCGGGAGGAAGGCGAACGCCGUCGGAUGGGGGAGGAUCACGCACGGGGUGUCGACGACGCCGAGCGUCCUGCAGCAGGUGGAGGUGGAGGUGAUCGACAACGACCGCUGCCAGGAAUGGUACAAGAGCGUCGGGCGUCGCGAGACCAUCUACCCCGUCUUCCUCUGUGCCGGAUACGAGGACGGGGGAAGGGACUCCUGCCAGGGUGAUUCAGGCGGACCAUUGACCCUACAAACGAACGGGCGGUACACCCUGAUCGGCCUCGUGUCCUGGGGCAUCGGGUGCGCCCGGCGGCACCUCCCGGGCGUCUACACCAACAUCGCCUACUUCUCCGACUGGAUUUCCAACAACAUGAAUUGAGCGACCGGCGUCCACGCACCUCCGAAAGUGCUGUGAUAAUCUUCUCCCUCUCUCACUGUCGCGCUCUUCAUCCGGGGAUCCCAGUUUUGUUUUGUUUGUCCUUGUGUUUGUGCGCGCCCAGCCCGAGUACCUCAAGUAAGUUAUUUUGGGUCGACUCGGUUCGGGGUCAAAGGUCAUGCAGGGUCGUCGUGUGCGUGGGGGGGUCGGGGUGUUGACUGCCGAUUGGGGAAGGAAAAAAAUUUGCAUCGGUGAUAUUCGCCAUUCAGAACAUCUUUGCUUGCACUUUUUCUGUCCAGGAGAAUCUUUUUAGCGAAUUAUUUCUGCAGAUUUCUGUAUUAUUAUCGACUGUUGAGUCUCGCGAGUCGGAUUCGAGUUCUAGUCUCAAGAGGCAGUUGGUGUCACAUUAAUGUUUGCCAUCAGUGAUCCGUGAGAAAAAAAAAUAUUGUUGUUGGGUGGGGGUCCAGUGUGCGUUCAGGGCUCUUUCCGGCUUCCUCCACCCAUCCCGAAAUUUUUUCGUGGCAACACCGAUCGGAUAUUAUAGAGGUUGUCAAGUUUGGGAUAUGUUUGAUUGUCUUGUUUAUUGGAAGAAAAAAUAACAAAAAAACUGGAAACAUCAUGUGCCCUGAAUGAAGACCAUUUUUUACCGUGG